UCACCUGCGAUUCCCCACCAUCCCUCGCGACUCCAUCGAAUCAAAGAGUGUGCCGGGGGGGGUCAUUGCAGCAUUUCCCCCCCCUAUCACCCCCGCACCCCACCCCAACCAUCCCGUCCACUCACCUACAUAACACCAGCCGUCAUCCUUUUCCUUUCUCAUUCCCAAGAAACAUUCUUUCGAGGCGUUUUUUUUACGGCGGCUACCGAGGUCGCACCGUUUUCGACCUUCUCCCUUUCAAACCCCCCAGCAGCUUGGGCUCCAGCCACUGCCCGCAAUCAUGGCGUCCAACGGCCUUCCUCCCAAUUGCCCGCCAGGCGGCUUCGGCAUGGCUCAGUAUUUCUCGACGGGUUCCAACGGCCAGUGCCAACAGGCGUCGUCCUUCUUCGGCGGGAAGCCGCCGCUCGACCUGUCCGUCGGGUAUGCCGUCGUGCUCGGCUUCGGCGCCUUCUUCGCGGUGUUCACGUCGUGGCUGGUGUGGCUGGAGCAGCGGUACGUGGGCACGCGCCAGAACUCGGAGUGGUUCAACACGGCGGGCCGCAACGUGAAAAUGGGGCUCAUCGCGUCUGUCAUCGUCUCGCAGUGGACGUGGGCCGCCACCAUUCUGCAAUCCUCCAACGUCGCAUGGCAGGACGGAGUGAGCGGUCCGUUCUGGUACGCGAGCGGCGCGACGAUCCAGGUGCUGCUGUUCGGCAUCAUCGCGAUCGAGAUCAAGCGCAAGGCGCCCAACGCGCACACCGUCUGCGAGAUCAUCAAGGCCAGGUGGGGCACGGCGGCGCACAUCGUGUUCUUGUGCUUCUGCUUCCUCACCAACAUGAUCGUCACCGCCAUGCUGCUGCUCGGCGGCUCCGCCGUGGUCAACGCGUUGACUGGGCUCAACAUCUACCUCGCUUCGUUCCUCAUCCCGCUCGGCGUCAUCUUCUACACGCUCGCAGGCGGGCUCAAGGCGACGUUCCUCGCGAGUUACAUCCACUCGGUCAUCGUGCACAUCAUCCUCCUCGUCUUCGUCUUCCUCGUUUACUGCACAAGCUCGUAUCUCGGCGCGCCGUCGACCGUCUACAACGACCUGCAGUACGCCGCGAGCCCCACGCGCGACUGCUCGCUGCAGCACCCGGGGCAGCACUGCGGGCCGGUGGAGGGAAACAAGGACGGCUCGUACGUCACCAUGAUGUCCAUCAACGGCUUCGUCUUCGGCCUCAUCAACAUCGUCGGCAACUUCGGCACCGUCUUCGUUGAUAACGGUUACUGGAUGAGCGCGAUCGCGGCGAAGCCGUCGUCGACGCACAAGGGGUACCUGCUGGGCGGGCUGGUGUGGUUCGCCGUGCCCUUCUCGCUCGGCACGUCGCUGGGGCUCGGCGCGAUCGCGCUGGGGCUGCCCAUCACGCAGGCGGAGGCCAACCAGGGGCUCGUGCCGCCCGCCACGGCCGUCGCGCUCAUGGGCAACUGGGGCGCCGUGCUCAUCCUCGUCAUGCUCUUCAUGGCUGUGACUUCUGCUGGUUCUGCGGAGUUGGUUGCCGUUUCAACUCUGGUGACGUACGACAUCUAUCGUACGUACGUCAAUCCCAAGGCAACGGGAAAGCAGAUCCUGAUGUGCUCGCGAGUCAUGGUGCUCGCGUUCGGCCUCUUUAUGGGCGUCCUCGCUAUUGCGCUCAACCAGGCGGGAGUGUCGCUCGGCUGGAUGUACCUCGUGAUGGGUGUGCUUAUCGGCAGCGCGGUCGUUCCUAUUGCGAACGUGAUUCUCUGGAGGAAGGCCAACGCUUUUGGCGCUAUUGCUGGCUGCCUCAUCGGCAUGGUUGCUGGCAUCACGUCGUGGCUGGUGGUGGCGAAGGUGCAGUACGGCGUGCUGGACCUCGAUAGCACGGGCGCCAACUCCUCCACGCUCACCGGCAACCUCGUCUCCAUCAUCACUGGCGGCACCGUGCAUGCCGUCUGCAGUUUUAUCUGGCCGGACGACUUUGACUUUGAGAGCACGCGCUGCAUCGCCCUGGUGGACGCCGACGGCCACGCCGAGGUGGACCCCGAGGAGUACAGCCAGGCGAAGCUGUCGUCCGCCAAGAAGUGGAUCUUCAUCUGGGGCUCUGCCUUCACGAUCGUCAUUGCCAUCCUCUGGCCCAUCCUCUCGCUCCCGGCGGGCGUCUUCUCCAUGGGCUACUUCACCUUCUGGGCCGUCAUCUCCAUCGUGUGGGGCUUUGUCGGGUCGGCGAUCAUCAUCCUUCUGCCGCUGUAUGAGAGCUGGUCCGACCUGUGCCUGGUGAUGAACGGCAUGUUCACCAACGAUCUGAUCCUCGAGAAGGUGGACGAUGUGGGGCUCAAGGUGUCGGCGCUCAUGUCGACGAAUCAGGACGCGGAGAAGCACUACCUGCUGCAGAAGGAGCAGAUGAAGGAGCUCCGUGCGCACAUCCCCCCGCCCGCCCUUGAGCACAAGGAGCUGGAGGGCGAGGUGGACCUCGACUGACGGCGAGGCGCAUGUUGAAAGCUGAAACCACCAGCUGAAAGUGAAACGACCAGGUGGAGUCACCUGGUGCUCACCACACCACCAAGUGACCCAUGUGGAUUUGAGCCAGGGUGCCUGUUACGAAGAGCCCGGCUUUCUAGUGCAGUUUUUAGAGGUGGAAGAGCUAGGGGGAAAACUAGGCAAUAAUGUAUUGUAAAUGCAUGGAUGAUGGAUGAUGGAAGUAGUGCAUUCAUACUUCACCAUUGAAGUCCAUCAACACAGGACGACGACCUUAACAAUCCUGUGAAUCAUGCAAAGCCAGAAGCUCUUGGCAGCCAUGGUAUGGUGAUACCGUAUGCCCAUGAUGACUCUGCCACUGCUGCCUCACAUUGUCCCUUCCUGUUCAGUUCAGUCUGAACCAUUUUCCA